UCAAAUCUCCUUCCCUCUUCUCUCUCUCUCACUCAGAGACCCCUUUCUCUUUCUCUCUUACCAAAUUCUUCUGUGAGGGGAUUGAUUACAGUCUUCUCCCCCUCUCCAACUAAUUCCAGACUCUUCUUUCUUGGCUUAAACAUGAAGAAACCAGCACUUUCCCCUCUGUCUAUCUCUCUUUAGAAAUGGAGAUGGAAUUCUGAUUUCUGAGCAUGUGACAACUGACACAGAUUCUCUCUCUCUCUCUCUCUUUUUCUUUCUUCUUCUUCUUCUUCUCUUUGUUUUCUUCAGACUUCUAUUCUGAUUGGAGACUUGAUGGCAUCAUCAAGAGGAAGAAGUAGUUCACCAUUCGGACAUAGGAAGCCAUCAACACCAUUCUCAACAACUUCAUCAAAUUCAUCUUUGAAUAAUAGUAGUAAUGGCGGUGGAGGAAGAUCUGUAUUUCCUCGUUCUUCAUCUAGUUCGUCUUCGUUAUAUGGUUCUUCAUCUGGGAAUGGUUUUAAUUGUAAUAAAUCGAUUAAUAGGAGUAGAAGUGAUUCAACGUAUCGGAGUAGUAGUAGCACAACAAGAAAUCUUGUAAAUCGUACUACGCCUAUUCCGUUUCCUACUUCUGAAGACCUUAUUAUGGAACCUAUUGAUCCGUCUAAAUCAGGGGAUAGUAUUUCCGUGACUGUUCGGUUUCGUCCAUUGAGUGGACGGGAAUUUCAGCGUGGAGAUGAGAUCGCUUGGUAUGCUGAUGACAAAGAAAAGAUCGUUCGUUGCCAAUUUAAUUCAGCUACAGCGUAUGCAUUCGAUAGAGUCUUUGGACCAGCAACCAGUACCAAGACUGUGUAUGAAGUAGCUGCUCGACCUGUAGUCAAGAAUGCGAUGGAUGGCAUUAAUGGAACUGUUUUUGCCUACGGUGUUACAAGUAGUGGGAAGACACAUACUAUGCAUGGAGAUCAUAUUUCUCCAGGAGUUAUACCACUAGCCAUCAAGGAUGUUUUCAGCACAAUCCAAGAUACUCCAGGAAGGGAGUUCUUACUUCGCGUUUCUUACCUCGAAAUCUAUAAUGAGGUGAUAAAUGAUCUGCUUGACCCAACAGGACAAAAUUUACGUGUUAGGGAAGAUGCACAGGGGACCUAUGUUGAAGGCAUAAAGCAAGAAGUGGUUUUAUCUCCGGGACAUGCACUUUCUUUCAUUGCAGCCGGAGAAGAGCAUCGCCACGUUGGUUCAAACAAUUUUAACUUGUUCAGUAGCCGGAGUCACACUAUUUUCACACUGAUGAUUGAAAGUAGUGCCCGUGGCGAUGAAUAUGAUGAAGUGACAUUUUCUCAACUCAAUCUGAUUGAUCUAGCUGGAUCGGAGAGUUCAAAGGCUGAAACAACUGGAAUCCGAAGAAAGGAAGGAUCAUAUAUAAACAAAAGUCUAUUAACUCUUGGAACUGUAAUUGGCAAGCUAAGCGAGGGGAAAGCAUCUCAUGUUCCUUAUCGUGACUCUAAGCUGACCAGACUUCUGCAGUCUUCCUUGAGUGGACAUGGACAUGUAUCCCUCAUUUGCACAGUUACACCUGCAUCCAGUAACAUGGAGGAAACUCAUAAUACUUUGAAGUUUGCAAACAGGGCAAAACGAGUGGAGAUUUUUGCUUCACGAAACAGGAUUAUUGAUGAGAAGUCAUUGAUAAAGAAAUAUCAGAAGGAGAUAUCGAAUCUCAAAGAAGAACUCGAUCAACUAAGACAGGGAAUGAUUGGCGGUGUUAAUCAAGAGGAGAUCCUGACUUUGAAGCAAAAGUAUGAAGAGGGUCAAGUAAAGAUGCAGUCAAGAUUAGAAGAAGAAGAGGAAGCAAAAGCAGCUUUAAUGAGUAGAAUUCAAAGGCUAACCAAGCUCAUACUUGUUUCUUCGAAGAAUACUAUUCCUGGAUUGAGUGAUAUAACUAGUCAUCAACAACACCAUCCCCUUGGUGAAGACGAUAGAUUGGAUAUGUUCCGGGACCCAUCUUCGAUGGUUGUAGAAAGCGAUAGAGAUUCUCCAUCUUCUGGUUUAUGUGACCCUUCUCCUGAUCUUAAAUAUAGAAGAUCGUCCAGCAAGUGGAGCGAUGAACAAUCACCGCCUGGCAGUUCUAUUACGGAAUCAACUCAAGCUAGGAGAACGUCAGAUCAGAUGGAUCUGCUUGUUGAACAAGUUAAGAUGCUUGCUGGAGAGAUUGCAUUCAGCACCAGUACUCUGAAGCGGUUAAAGGAGCAGUCUGUUAAUGAUCCUAUUGCAAUGGGGCCUCAGAUCCAGAAGUUGGAAAGUGAGAUCCAAGAAAAGAUGAAGCAAAUGAAGGUCCUAGAGAAGCAUAUCAUUGAAAGUGGCGAAGCUUCAAUAGCUGAUGCAUCCAUUGUUGAUAUGCAGCAGACGGUGAUGAGAUUGAUGACUCAAUGCAACGAGAAGGGUUUUGAGCUAGAGAUAAAAUCAGCAGACAAUCGUGUUCUCCAGGAGCAACUGAUGGAUAAGUGUUUGGAAAUUAAACAAUUGCAAGACCAAGUGCUUCUAUUACAGCAGCAGCUGGCAUUGGCGACAGGUGAUAAGUCACCAUCUUCUGAACAGCAGGAUAGCGGGAAGUUAUAUCUAGAACAUGUUCAGCUGAAGGAGGAGAAUAGUGGACUGCGUGUACAGAAUCAGAAGUUGGCUGAAGAAGCGUCUUAUGCGAAGGAACUGGCGUCUGCUGCCGCUGUUGAAUUAAAGAAUUUGGCUGAUGAAGUCACCAAGCUUUCAUUACAGAAUUCAAGACAAGCAAAAGAACUGGGUGCUGCUCAAGAUAUGGUGGCAUGUUAUAAAGGUGGAAUACAGAGUAACAAUGGGUCAAGCCGCAAGUACUCCGAAAGCAAAGUUGACGGUAUGAAGGGUGGGCGAAAAAAUAGGCUUCCUGUCAGGGGUAGUGAAUUUCCAGGCACAGCCUAUGAUGAUGGUGAAUACUGGAACCCAGAUCUAGAUGAUGUAAAGAUGGAACUGGAAGCAAGGAAGCAGAGAGAGGCAGCUCUUGAAGCAGCUUUAGCUGAGAGGGAGUUUGCUGAAGAGGAAUAUAGGAAGCAGUUUGAUGAAGCAAGGAAAAGAGAAGUAGCUUUAGAAAACGACUUGGCAAACAUGUGGGUGCUUGUUGCGAAGCUGAAAAAAGAAGGGGGCGCUGGCUCUGAAUCCAAAUAUGAUGGAAAGUCUAGUGAGGGAAGUGAACAUGUGUAUAAUACUAAAACAAGUGAUAAUGACGAUAAAGAUGUUGGCGUUAAAGUGUUGCAAGUUCAGGAAAGUGCAAAACCGGUUUACAAUGUCUCUAAAGUAGAACAACCUUUGGUAGUUCGCCUCAAGGCAAAGAUGCAAGAGAUGAAAGAAAAGCAGCUUCAAGAAUCUAUUGGAAAUGGUGAUACUAAUUCACACAUUUGCAAAGUAUGCUUUGAAUCAGCGACUGCAAGUCUUCUCCUUCCCUGCCGACACUUCUGCUUAUGCAAGCCGUGUUCGCUUGCUUGUUCCGAGUGCCCAAUUUGUCGCACAAAAAUUGAGGAUAGAAUCUUCGCGUUCCCUUCCUAACAGUGUCCACAUGAUAAAAAGGGGACGCUGAUAUCAUCAUUUAGCCCUCCGGUGCAGUAGGAUGCGAUUUUUUAAUUAGUUGGCCUAUAUGUAGAUUUAAAAGGUAUAAUCCAUUUCUCUUACUCUCCCAUUAUAGGGCUGUAAAAUUAGGCAAUACAAAAAGUAAAGAAAACACAAAAAAGAAAGAAAAAGGCAAGCAGAAUACUUGUUCAGAAUUUUUACCUACUCCAGGUUUUCUGUUUUGUUGUCUAAAAAAGCGCCAGAUCAUGGUCAAUGUACCUUUCUUUCAACUUCCAUUUUAAUGUACAGCAGAGGAUAUUGAAAGAAAUGUAUUUCUCAGUUAUCAUC